AUUAUUUUCUAGUUUUUUUUUUUUUUUUCAUUUUUCAUUUUUUCCUUGGUGGGUCAAGCGAGCAAAGUGAGCCCAAUAUUUGGAACGAAAGAAGCGCCAAACCCUAACACGGAGGUUAGUUUCCGAGUAGCAUCAUGGAAUCGGAACCGAAGAAGGAAACCGAAGUGGCUCCGGCUCUCAUCGCCGUCCACCCCGACCAGUCCUCCGUCGCCGUCGCCGUCGGCCCCCACCUCCGCGUCUUCGAUCUCCUUGCCGGUUCCGCAGCCUCCUUAAUUGACGACUCCGACGCCGUUCCCUUCCACAAGGACAACAUCAGAGCCAUUCGCUUCGGCGCCAGCGGAAAACUCUUAGUCUCCGCCGGUGACGAUAAAACCGUCAAGGUCUGGUCAACGCAGUCGUGGCGCUGCAUCACCACCGUGUCCUCCGAGAAGAGAGUAACCGCUGUUGCCGUUAGCAACGACGGAACCUUCGUGUGCUUCGCGGAUAAGUUCGGCCUUGUUUGGGUCGUCGAUCUCGAUCCACCGUUGCGCGAUAAGAAACCGGCACCGCUUCUUUCUCACUAUUGCAGUAUCAUCACUAGCUUGGAAUUUUCACCGGAUGGUCGCUUUAUUUUAAGUGCUGAUCGUGAUUUCAAAAUUCGCGUUACUAAUUUUCCCAACAAGCCCUUGAAUGGAGCUCACCAGAUACAGAGUUUUUGUCUCGGUCAUACAGAGUUUGUUUCCUGCCUUGCCUUCAUUCAGUCUCAGGAGUGCCCUCAAGGUCUUCUUGUCUCUGGAAGUGGUGAUUCCACAGUUCGGUUGUGGGAUAUCACCUCUGGAGCACUCUUAGAUACCUGUGAGGUUGCAAUUAAGGCAGGACUUUUAGAGUCUAAUGGCAAAGCAGAGGAGCAUGGCCAUGCUGUUACUGAUUUAUGCACCAUCCAGGAUGGUUUGCUUGUUGCAGUAGCCAUUCAGAGUUUGCAAGGAAUAGUAUUGUUGAAUUGCAAUGUUUCAGCACAAACUCUCUCUCUUGCAAAGGUGGUUUCUGUUGCUGGAGAGGCCUUUGUCCCUACCUGCUUGGGGAGCAGCUCCUCUACAGGGAAAUUGUGGAUGGUUACAGGUGUCUCUAAUUUACCUGGUUGUAAUAACCCCUCUUUGGCUCGUGUCCGAGUAAUUUCUGGUAUUGAUGUUAAGCAAGAGCCAGUUGUUCUGGAAGAUGAUAACAUACCUGGGAGAGAAAAGUUGCUAGAAACGUUGCAAGGAACUGCAUCCGUUGAUGACAAUGUGUUUUUAGCAGCAGCUGAAGCAGUCAAAGCAGCAAUGUGCAACCUAUUGAUAAAAAAACAAUACCCUUCAGAGAAUAGAGAAUAUAGGAAGAAAAGCAGAAAUGAUAGAAAACUCAAGGGCUAGCAUUUUAUUUAUUUAUUUUGUUUUUUUUUAUUAAUAUAUGAAGCAGCUUAGCUCGAUUUCCUCGAUCACUAGUUUCCAAGGACUAUUCUUGAUUAUCCAUUUUAUUUAUUUUCUGAUUAACUGUGCAUCUGAAAUAUUAAACCGGAUUGCGAUCAAUUUUAUGGUAGGCCUUUUUAAA